GUAUGCAUCUGCCUUUUCUCCACUUGGUCAUCAUCAUGCUCCUGAUUCCUUGGCCCUUCAGUUCAGUGCUUCCGUGCGCACCUGUCGGUGUGCUUGUCCCUGGCAUGAGACUCGCUCCUGGCAAAACUCUCACCUCGGACCAAGGUUCGUUCGCCUUAGACUUCUUUACCCCCUCAAAUUCAACUAAAAAUACAUAUGUUGGCAUAUGGUUCAACGAUAUCCGGUUGCGCACUGUCGUCUGGGUUGCCAACCACGAUAAUCCGAUCACCGAUGCUUCAUCCGCGGUGCUUACUAUGACCGGCAACUCUAGCCUUGUGUUGUCUGAAACCAAUGGCCACCACAUACUUUGGAUGGCAAGAACAAUCACUGGCGGCAACUCUUCAGCCAAACUUCUCAACAAUGGAAAUCUUGUAGUCCAAUCAUCAGACGGCGCCAUGUUAUGGCAGAGCUUCAAAAACCCAAGCGACACCGUCCUUCCUGGCAUGCCUAUGUGGACGACCCACAAGACACACCCAGCAUGGCGGAUCAUCUCUUGGAAGGGCCCUGAAGACCCGUCAAAGGGCAGGUUCUCUGGUGGGAAUGACCUUGGCACUCCCCUACAGUUCUUUGUCUGGAAUGGGUCAGUGCCAUACUUCCGUGCUGCUGUGUGGAACGGCUAUGUAUCCUCCAACGUGGGCCUCCAGGCCGUUAGUCCACUCAUGUAUUUGACAAUUUACAUGGGCACCGAUGGUGAGACCUAUUCAACAUUUGGACUAUCAGAUGGCUCCUCCAGGAUAAUUUACAAGGUUGACUACUCUGGAAAGACCACGCUAUGGAGAUGGAAUACCAGCUUGACAGAUUGGACCCACAUUGCCCCGUGGCCAGCUUACCGGUGUAAUCUCUAUGGAUACUGUGGUGCAUAUGGCUACUGCGACAACACACAGGAAAUUCCUACAUGCAAGCGCCUUGAUGGAUUUGACCCUAGUAACAAAACAGAGUGGGUUAGAGGCAAUUUUUCUCAUGGUUGCCAGCGAAAGGAGGAACUGCAGUGCGGUGGGGAGGACAGUUUCUUAACCUUGCCAGCGAUGAAGGCACCAGAAAAAUUUGUACACCUGUGGAACAAAAGCUAUGAUGACUGCAAAGUGGAGUGCAGCAAAAAUUGCUCAUGUGUAGCAUAUGCUUAUGCUAAUCUAAGCACCAGCAACAUUGAUGGGGAUGCAACAAGGUGCCUGCUGUGGACCGGGGAGCUGAUUGACGUGGAGAAGGGUGGCGCCGUUGGCAAUGAGAACCUGUAUCUCCGGCUUGCUGCCUUCUCAAGGCUCUUACAUGGCAACAAAGAAGUUGCUGUUAAAAGGCUCAGUAGAGGUUCUGGGCAGGGGGCAAUAGAGUUUAGGAAUGAAGUAGUCGUGAUUGCUAAACUGCAACACAAAAACCUUGUAAGGCUUGUCUGUUGUGUGCAGGGCGAUGAAAAGCUACUUAUUUAUGAAUAUCUACCAAACAGAAGCCUGGACACCUUCCUUUUCAAUUCUGAAAAGAAGUCAAUGCUUCACUGGCCGACACGAUUCAAUAUAAUAAAAGGAGUGGCUAGGGGGCUACUCUAUCUCCAUCAAGAUUCAAGACUGAUGAUAAUUCUUAGGGAUCUGAAAAGAAGCAACAUUUUGCUAGAUGGAGAUAUGAAUCCCAAGAUAUCUGAUUUUGGCAUGGCAAGAAUCUUUGGUGGAGAUGAGCAACAAGCGAACACUAACCGAGUUGUCGGAACAUAUGGUUAUAUGUCUCCGGAAUAUGCAAUGGAAGGCCUCUUUUCUGUGAAGUCCGAUGUCUAUAGCUUUGGAGUAUUGCUCUUGGAAACUGUAAGUGGUCUAAGGAUUAGCUCAACCCAGAACAUCAAGGAGUUCCCCAACCUUAUAAUAUAUGCAUGGAGUCUAUGGAGGGAAGGGCUAGCAAUGGAUUUGGUGGAUCCAUGUGUUUCAGAGAGCUGUUCCAGUGAAGAGGCUUUGUGCUGCAUUCAUGUUGGGCUCUUGUGUGUUCAGGAUGAUCCGGAUGCCAGACCACUCAUGUCAACUGUUGUAUCAACCUUGGAGAGUAGAAGCACGCCACUUGCAACGCCUUAUAAGCCACUGUAUUUUUCUCAGAGGAAUAAGGUAGCGAAGAGAGCAGCACAUGGUCAGGACUCUGUGGAUAUGGAGGCCCUUACAGUUAUAGAGGGGCGAUAGGGUCACGCAGUUUCCAAGUUCCGCCCAUGCACUAUUUCCCAGUUCUCUUUCAAAGCCAAAGCUUCCGAAAGGUGUGAUUUCACCCUCUCAGUUCAAAGAUGGAAUGUACCGUUGGAGGACAAGGUUUUGCUCAACCUUGAUACUGCCAUCUUCUUACAAUCUGAAUAUAUAUUGGUGCUGGUGUUGUACUUUUGUGUCCCGUGAUCAGUUCUAUGAGAAUGCUUGCGGUCCUGAACCCGCUGAAGUAAUGGCCACUCGAUGUGCUUUUAUCC